CGGGACUGAGGGAAAGACUUUACCGCCGCCGCCGCCGCUUCCCUCCCGUCCGGUUUUUAACGGUUAAUACAAGAGAUUAACAUAUAAGUUUUUCACGGAUAUACCGGCUUUUAACGGCCGUGGAUUCAGUCGUUACUUUUUUCUCUCAGCGGUGUUCACAGUGUUCGUCACCCCGCGGCUGGCGGCUAGCAUCGGUUACUGCUGCUAAACAUGGUGGCCUGUCGGCAACAAGAAGCAACGAGUCCAGUUUGGGGAUUUUAGAGGAUAAAACAGGCACUUGGACGGUUCCCUCUGUAACACACAGCUGCUGUGGACACAUCACUGCCCUCAUUUUCCAUCUUUAUCCGGAGCUUUAUGGACUUGGACGUGAGGCUGCCUUUCUGUUUACGUUGUAACACUUGCAGCAGCACCGUCCGUGUUCUGUGGACCGUGGAUAAUCGUAGUUAGUUUACUUCAGAAGUUGCUAACCAGGCCUGUGUAAAGUUUCUGUUAAAGUUGCAGAAACAUGCGCUCACAGCUGGAAAAACACGUCAUAUAGCAACGCGGUUUUGUUUCACGACCGUUGUGUUUAUACUACGGAUGACUUGACACUCGCACAGAAAUGAGUUGGUGCUCAAGUGCAGCCUGCAGGAACUGUUUCACCCUCUGAGUUUCUUUAACAGUCCCCUCUCUGGGGGUUUGAUUCCUUGUUAAUCUGUGGAUUAUUAUGGAUUAUUAUUAUGGCCUAAUCCAAACCGCACCAGACCGGGAAUUUUGGGAAUAACAGCUGAUACUGUCGAUGAUGAUAGUGGUGAUGAUGAUGACAGAGAGAAGCGAUGGUUUCCCUUCGUUAUAAUUUUGAGUAGAGAGGAGAUAAUUACAUGGAGACUCGCCUGACAUGCCAAGGAAGGAGUUGCCACUACCUGAGGGUUGGGAGGAAGCCAGAGACUUUGAUGGCAAAGUCUAUUACAUUGACCAUAUUAACCAGUGCACCAGCUGGAUCGACCCCAGAGACAGGCAGACGAAGCCUCUGACGUUUGCUGACUGCAUCGGGGAUGAGCUGCCGGUCGGUUGGGAGGAGGCGUAUGACCCCACAGUCGGAGCGUACUAUGUUGACCACAACACCAAGAGCACCCAGCUGGAGGACCCGCGGGCCCAGUGGCAGCGAGAGCAGGAGUCCAUGCUCCGGGACUACCUGGCUGUGGCCCGCGACGCGCUCAGUGCCCAGAAGGAGAUUUACCAGGUGAAGGAGCAGAGGCUUCGUCUGGCGCAGCAGGAGUACCGGCAGCUCAAUGAUGCGUGGAGGGACAAGUCAACGUCACAGACCAGCUUGAAUUCCAGAUCGUCCUCGUCGAGCAAGUAUGACCCAGACAUCCUUAAAGCAGAAAUAGCCACAGCCAAAAGUCGGGUUAACAAGCUGAAGCGGGACCUGGCCUGUAUGAAGCAGGAGCUGCAGUACAAAGAACAAGGCUUUGAGACCCUCAAAGAGAUUGACCAGAAGGUGUCCAACAGCCCGUAUGGCUACAAGCUGCAGGAGGCGCAGGCUAUCCUCACAGAGGUCCGCUCCAUCAGGGAUGCCAUCAGCUCUGGGGAGAAGGAGAAACAGGAGCUCAUGCAGAAACUCGCAGCGUUGAAGGACGGUUUCCAGCUGGACUCGGGCUCCCAGCAGGAGCUGUGGGGCAGCAGUCCCUCGCUCGCCAACUCGGAGCUGUCCAUCCCUCGGCUCUACUCGGACGCCGGCUCGCAGACUGACAUCCCAGCUGAGUUCAUGACCAGCACCAACAAACUGGCAGAGAAGGUUCGUCUGAGUCUGAAGUACGAGGAGGCCAAGAGAAGGAUCGCCACCAUCGAGGUCCAGAUUGCCAAACUGGACAGCGAGGCCUGGCCGGGGCUGCUGGACCCGGAACGAGAUCGCCUCAUCCUCAUUAACGAGAAGGAGGAGCUGCUGAAGGAGCUGCAGUACGUCAGCCCCCGCCAACGCCUGCAGCCCAACGACGCAGAGAAGCUGGAGUCUGAGAAGAAACGGCUGGAGAGAGACCUGCAGGCUGCCAGAGACAACCAGAGCAAGGCUUUGACUGAGAGGUUGCGACUUCACUGUAAGAGGAACAAGCUGGUCAGAGAGCUGGAGGAGAUGGUUCGACUGGCCUCAUCACUACAUACUCAGCUCAAAAGCCUGUCGGCGAGCACGCUGUCCUGUUCGUCUGGCAGCAGUCGGGGCUCUCUAACGUCCAGCCGCGGCUCACUGGCCACCACCUCCAGCAUGGGCUCCUCCUCCUCCCUCAGCUUCACUGACAUUUACCUAGAGCAGCCCGAACUGGCCGACCCGGACUUUCAGAACAAGCUGGACAGCCUCCUGCAGGAGGGCGGCCAGGGAGGCUACCGCCCCUCCAGCUCCAUCACCACCAUACACGAACAUGAAGUGGUGACAGGCUCCGGAGGAAGGGACGCUGAGAGGCCUGGGAGCAAAGCAGUCGGGGUGGGAGGAGAUGUGGGGUGCUCUGCUGGAGGAGGCGCAGGAGGAGGCAGUGGUGUCGGAGUGGAAUCGGGGUCGUCCAGGAUACAGGCGCUCAGACUGUCAGAAACCCCUCGCUCCAUGAGCUCUUUAUCCCCGCGGUCGUCUCUUUCCUCGCUGUCUCCGCCGUGCUCGCCGAUGGUCACAGACACUAGUUUCCUGUCUGGAGAGACAUUCACAGGCCAAACAGGGCCUGGUGGGUUAAGCCUGGAUCUGGAGCUCCACAGCAGGCUAGCAGAACUGGAGCUCAGCCUGGACUCUCAGGAGCAGAGGCAGGAGGAGCUCGGGGGUCCCGGGGGGCUGGAGGAGAAGCAGAACCACAACACCACGCUGGGAGAGGAGGUCAAAGACUCGGCUCCCCAGCUUCGAGGAACGGGGGCGGGGCCAAAGAAGAUCGGCGUGACCUCAGCUGUGUCUGAAGAGUCGGUGGCUGGUGAUAGCGGCGUGUACGAGCCUUCAGAGCGCAGGCCGGGCCUCCCUGCAGACCUCCUCCUGAGCUCCUACGAGGAGAGGCUGGCGCUGGGCUGCUCUCAAGUGCAGCUUGGCUUCCGCUACGAGUCCAGAGACCAACGCUUCACCAUCUACGUCAUGCAGCUGUCCAACUGCAGCACCCUGUGUCUGCCGGCUGACCAGAAAAUAUAUGUGCGCUCAGCGGUGCUGCCCUGCUUGGAGGCCACCCGCUGCCUCUUCCGAACCCGUGGCCAUCUGCCUCAGGACGUUGUGGAGGUCAACGAGGUGUUUAGCAUGCAGAUAUCCCACAGUGCACUGAGGCAGAAGACUUUGAGGGUCGACGUCUGCAACACUAGCAAGUCGGGCCAUGAAGAGUGUCUGGCGGGAGCCCAAAUCAGCCUGGCUGAUGUCAGCUGUUCGGAGGAGAGAUGCACCAAGUGGUACAACCUGCUGAGUCGCGUCUACAUGCCCGAGAUCAACAACAAGGACAAAGAGAGCAGAGCAGCCGGCGGCUCUGACAGGACUCGUGUUUCCAGCAGUGACAGCAGAGUCGGAGCUCCUGAGGAUGAUGAGUGGCACGGCGACUCUCUGGACAUGUUUGAUGAUGAAGAAGGAAAUGGCGUGGAGGGGGUGGGGCCUCUGGAGGAAGAGGACGAGUUUUAUCCUGACAGCAGCCAAUGGGAAGCAGAGGAGGAGGAGGAGGAAGAGGAGGAGAAGGUGACCAAACCUCCCCCGCCAUCACCAGCCAUCACGGAAAAGGUAAACAAAGAGACGAGCAUGGAUAACUUGUUGCCGUCCCACCACUGCUCGGUGGUUCGACCCAAGGAACGCCGCCACGACGUCCACCAGCAGAACCCCUUCAUGAGGGGGAACACCAUCAUCCGCUCCAAGACCUUCUCCCCUGGACCUCAGAGCCAGUACAUCUGCAGGAUUAACCGCAGUGACAGCGACAGCUCCACCCUCUCCAAGAAGUCUCCAUUUGUCAGGAACGCCUCGGAGAGACGCAGCAUGCGCAUGAAGAAGCCUCCUGUGCAGGUUAAAGGACUGGACGGCCUCCUGCGGACGUCCCUGGACCUGGAGUUGGACCUGCAGGUGUCUCGGACGCGGCAGGCCCGGCUGGCGCAGGAGCUGCGGGUGCUACGGGAGCUGAAGACGCAGCUGGAGAAGGCGAGGCAGCAGGGCCAGAGAGAGCUGCCAACCUGGGUCCAAGAAGAUGAACGCUUCCGCCUUCUCCUCAAGCAGGCCGAGAAACAGACUCAUGAGGAGCAGCUACAGGAGAAGCGGGUGGAGAAGAUGAUGAGGGCAGCAGCCAAGGAUGUCCACAAGAUCAGGGGCCAGAGCCGCAAAGAGGUCCCCGAGGUCCAGACCUUCAGAGAGAAGAUGGCAUUCUUCACACGAGCAAAGACCAGCAUCCCCGACCUGCCGGCUGACGACGUGUAGAGAAGCAUUUCAAAGUAUUCCCCCUCCUCCCCUUCGAGUCUUAACCUGCUGUCCCCACACACAUGAAGCAAACAUUUGGCGGUGUUAUGAAGAAUUUAACAGUAAUAAUAUGUUUAGUCGAGAAAAAACACUCAAAACCGUGAAGAAACACAUUUUUAAAGAGCUCAGCAUUUCUAAUGUGGAUAGUCUUUGUUUGUAAAUUAGUGAUAGCACUGCUUCUUUUUUUUAUUAUCUUUUCCACUCUGUUUAUGGCGUUGUGUUUCUGUUACUAACCGGCUGUUUAUAGGCUCUUAGGUGUUUAAAAUCAUUCCAGCACAAAGUCACACAGCUGCACAUGUGCAUACAAAGGAUUUUGUACUAAAAUGACACAGUUGGACAAACAAAAAAAUAUAUAUGUAUAUUAAUAGCACAAAAUAAUAUCAAACAACGGUACUAAAGCAAAGUAAGCAACUAAAGCUGAUGAUAAAACAAAUAUCAAACUGAAGAGAUAUUUAAUAUUGAUCUUCAAGUGGUGUGUUUUUUUUUUUUUUUUUAGAGCAUUUUAAAAACUUUAUACGCAGACAAACAUGAGCACACCUGAAGCUUGUCUUAUGUGUACAACGUUACAGCACAGAUGGUUGUAAAUAAGCAUCAUCGGCAUCUUUCACUAACAUGGCACACGAUACAACAACAUGAGAGGAAAACUGGAGUUUGUCUUUGCUUUUCAAACAUUUACUGAAUGAAACUGGAUCUGAUGAUCGAAGAGAAAAGAUUCUUCUCAUUCUAGGUUGAAAGUAAGAAAAAAUGAUUGUCUCUCACCAGUGACACACACAUUCAGAAAAGUGUAGAAACAGCACUAACUCUCACUAACACUCAGGUAGUUAAUCGGAUAGUCUGCACUUUAAAUAAACUUGAGGUAAAAGUUUAAAAAAAAAAAAAGAAAAAAAAAAGAAACUUGAUGUGGGUUUUUGGAAAAUUAAAAGAAUUAAAUCCAAAAACCUUUGCCUCGGAUGCGCUGGAAUGAUUGUUGAUUGUUGAAGCACACAAAGAUUGUCGUAACACACACACAGGAAGUGAAGAUCAAAUGUAUUUUUGAUGACUGUGAACUAAAAGGAGUUUUAAUGUCAGACUUCCCUUCCCUCUGUUCCCACUCUGUAACUGGAUGUUUUAGAUACAUAUCUGUUCUGCAGCUGAAUGUGUAUAUUGAUCCAUGUCAGCGUGGUGCCCCAGCAACACUCACCUUUGUUUCUUCUUAUCAAGUCUUUAAAGGUGCACUAAUCAAUAUUUUUCUAUUAAUAAUAGAUAAGAAAUGACUGUAUAAUGUGAAAGAGGUGUUUUGACGGACGAUCCCACAGAUAUUUAUCACCUGACUCCUCAGUCCUCCUCUGCUUGAGCUUUGUAGCAUCGUUUAGCUGAUUGUUUUGGUGUUACGGGCCACAACUUUACUGUAUUGAAUCAUUCCAUUGUUUCAGGCUAACACGAGAAUGUUUUUGCUGCAAAAAAAGUUCAAAAAGCCUACUGUGCACUAACUUGUCAGCAGACAGCUGCAGUUAGCGAUAAGUUGGAGAUCACAGUGAAGCAUUUAGCAACUAAAGACAAAUGAAUGAUCAUGCUGGAUCUGUAAUAGUCAACUCUCUGCUAACGUGCCACAUAAAGUAGGGGUGCACCGAUGAUAAAAUAUGGGCCAUUAUCCAUGUUUAAAAUUACAGUUAGGCCACUAGCUGAUGCCGAUACCAAUACUGAUGUUGUUUGUUUUGUUGUUAUUUAUCCCCCCUUUUUUGCCAGGGGAAAAAAAGGAACCCUUAUUAUAAGAAAGUCAUUCAACCCUUCAUUCAUUAAAUGAGCACAAAUUCAGUCAUACAAAUUAAUGAAACAUCCUUUAAUAUAAUCUAAUUUCAAGCCUUUUUAGCCUGCUAUAUAACUACCUAUACGUACACUACCUAUAACUACUAAAUUUAAGCAUCUCUGCCUCGUUGCAGCUGAGUUUGUUUCUCUUCUCAUCCCAGAUGUGAGACGCAGAGCUGAACAGCUGCUCACUGUCUGUGCUGGUGCGUGGAGCACAUGGGUAUUUGCGUACCAUUUGUGCCAAAACAGAGGUGAUUAUUUCUCCAAUAUGCGAGUGCGGUCACGUCUGUGAGACAGUGUAAUAUCAAUAUUUAUUACAGUUUAUAUACUGUCCUGCAACAACUUGUGGAAAGAAAUAUAUUCACUGAGAUAAAAUGUUGUCGUUAUCUAAAGACCCAUGUGCUAUAUUUGAUCAAUAGGCCCUUGUAAUAAGGUGAACGUAAUGCUUUUAAGGAUUUCUUUAAUUGUCAGACUGUUUUGAAGUUUGAGAGAUGCAUUAUUAAGGUUGUGUACUGUGCUGGUACACUGCAAAAUCACCACAGUGACUGGCAAGUCUAAAGUUUAAUCAAUCAAUACUGCAUGUUUAUAUACAUGUAACCUUCAUAGCUAUGUUUAGCAUAUAGCAUAUUAAGAGUUCUACGAAGUGCGGGUGUCCCGGGCGUGCAAAAAGGUUAAAAAAUGUUCUGAAAUAAGUGGAUUUAGAGAAUCAGUGCCCUUCAGGAAUUUAAACUCUCUUAAAGUCCCUCCAAGCAGCAUGAAUGAAUAAAUACUUUAGGACUCAAACAUAUAUUUUUAUCAAUAUCUUUUUAGAUAAUUGAAGAUGACCCGACUUGCCAUUUCAUCGAUCAAACAUUAAAAUCCCCUCAUGCUGUUAAAUGUGAGCCCUUGCUUAGUAACCUUGCUUAAAAUCAGAGGAGAAAAUGUGUUUUCAUAUUUUUGUCAGAGUGCAGAAAAAGAUCCCACUUUAUCUGUAUGUGCAGGGUGACUCUUAUUCUACACCUCUGACACGACAGUGUUAACCGUUUGUGCUCCUGCGGCGUGAUUUCUAUUCAGCUCAGUGAAGGCUUACUGACGUCUGACUCUGUUUCCAGGGCAACCCAACUUACAAAUCAGCAGCAGACCUUGACUCUGGCACAUCUCUUGUUUACUGACUCUUUGUGUUUGUACCUGGAUGUUGAGCAGCUCCUGUAUAACUUGUCCUUGGUGCUUUUCUCAACAUUUAAUCUGCGUCACAGCAAAAACUCCUCAGCGGAUAUAUCUCGUGUUUCUAGACGCUGUAAUCGUUUGAAUCCUCCUGAUCAUUACUGGACACAUGUAGAAGACAUGACAUCAUGUUGAGAUUAAACAGAUUUGAUCUGAUAAUGACCUUUGGUUAUAGUGUCAGACGGGAGACAUUUCUCUUCAGUCGCUGUUUUAUACGACUGUCACCAAUCAUACAGAGAGAAAUCCAUCAGAGGAGAUUCACAGAGGCCGAUUUAAACACCUGCAGGAGCAGAAAAUAGACCAGAAUGCAUUGCAGCAACAAGACAGGUUUAGUUUUCAAUAAGAACUGGACAAGCUUUCUUAUUUCUUUGCCUACUACCUCAUUGUUAUGACCAGUUUCUUAUUAUGUUUCUUUCACACACAGUGUAGUGACAACAGUACAAAGACUAAUUUAACUGCAGAGGGUGCUGUGUAGGCAGUUUACAAAACUAACUCAUCACAAGAGAGAUAUAUAAUAUAAAUAGAUUAAAAAAAAGGAAUGCAACAAGUUGUUAAAAAGCACUCUGGGAAAUGUAGUAAAUGGCUAAUGCUGAAAACUUACCAAGCAGUGGUGAAGCACUGUGGUGAGCUGCCAUGCAGUGUCUGCAGCAAAGUGCGGCAAAAAUUAAAAGUUGGGGAUAUUUUAACUUCUAGCAGUUAGUUGCAGCCAGAGAAUACAUGCAGACAAUCAGUGCACUGAGUCAGAUCACUCCUGGGACAUGUUGACCCAUGUUACAAAAUAUUUCUUCCUGCCUGAAACACAUGAACACAUGAACACAUGAACACAUGAACACGCCUCCCGGUUGUAAAAUGUAAUUAUUGUGGUGAGCCACUGCUUGGUGUUUUUUUAGCGUAAUUGAAGUGGAAGUAGGCAGGUAGAUGGAAGAGGGAACACGAAAUAAUGACACAUUUUGGACAUCACAGAUUGGAAACAAGUCGAGUCAGUUUCAGUUUUGUGGCUCUAAAUCAAGAGGAACAGUCUGACAUCCAACAAGGAAACAAAAUGAAGGAAAAACUAGAAGGGGCACUCAGAGAGCGCAGACCUCCGCAAAGGCUAAAUGCUCUAUUUCACAAUGUUAACAAAAGCGAAAAAUAAUUAGUUCAGCCACCCCUUGCUUCAGAUCCGUUCUAAAAAUUUGAAUGGAUUGUUCCUUGGCCCGUGCUACAACCUUCCACCAAGUUUCAUGAAAAUCAAACCAGCAGUUUUUUGGCAACAGACAAACAAACUGUCCUUGGUUGAGGUAUCAAGGCAAAGUAGCAAAAAAGAAACACAACAUAACAGAGCAGCUGAAAAAGAAAUGAAAAGUAAAAAUGAUAUUUACUUGUAUAAAAGUGGCAAACUCUAAUGUUUCUCCAACAUUUCCUCUUUGGGGGGAUGUAAUUGAAAAGUUUACAGUCUUAAAGUGGACCCACACCUGUUAUAUUUGUUAUUUUAUUAAGUCAUAUUCAACAUAGUGUCUCGCCCAGCCUUAUAAAAUCUGACAGAUAUACUGAGGUCAUGAACUGCUCGUCUCUGUGGCGCCUGCGCUGUCAUCGUCAGUUUCCUUCUUGCUGGGUCACCAUGCUGAACAUGUACUUUGGGUACGUUAGGUGCUUUGGAUAAAAGUGUCCACCACAUGACACAAACCCUUCAUAUCAUCAUGUCUCCAUUCCUGGUGUGAACACGAAUGUAGCUGACGAAAACCUCUCUGCUGCUGUCAUUCCAGAUGUUUCUCUGACUCACUGUUUGUAGAUAAACAGCAGCUCAUGAAAUGCUUGAACUGUAGAUCAGAUCCAGUGGAGAGUCGACCUCCAACUUUUUCUUUUUCUUUUUUUUUUUUUUUUUUAGUAGUUCAUGUGUUGCUUUCAGUGUGUGUAUGUUUAAGACAAACAGAGGAAGUUGAUUUUGGCCUAUUUUCCUUGCUAGCUGUCUCCACUUCCUGCUCCUUUGUUUUCCCACAUCACCCUCCGAUCCUUCAGUGAUCUCCAAAAAGUCCCAAAAAAUCACAGUCAGCCUUGUUCUCUGAUAAUCAAAUACUGUAAAUGUUUUAAAUCCGUACAAAAAGAAAGAUAGUCACAACACGUUCAGGUAGAUAUAGGAAUGUUUUGCACAAGAAUGAUGAAUAUCACACAAUGACAUAAUCAAACGACACUACAGCUCUUCACCCGUCGCCUAGACAAAGACUAAAAACUUGAUGGGAACUGAAUCGAAUGCUGUGAGGACGUUCACACUGAGGCUGCGUUCACACUGCAGGAACUAAAUGUUUGAUUCUGGCCGACAUCAGUCUGAACAGUCACAUGUCUCAACUGAACAACGUACAAAAGAUCAAUACCAAAGAUGUAACACCGGAUACUCACGAAGAAAUACACAAACAGAAAUGGAAACAGUGGUCCAAAUAAAUCCUAAAGUCAGUAGUUUGAGUGCUGUAAAUUUCGUCAUCUGCUCAUGUUUGCUGUGUGCAUUCUAUGCACACCUACAACCAUGCUGACUGCGCAUUCGUGCCAUGUAGUAUGAACAGAACCGUAUGUCUGUUUUGCAGUACAUCAGGAACUUAAAGGGGAACUACACCCAUUUCUAUGUUCUAAGACGGUCCAAAAAUAUCAGUAAACAUGAUCAACCCUCUCCCAGAUCCAAACACUAGAGUGCUAGAACUCAAAUUUGUGAUGCCAUAGGGUAUAAAGUCUGGAGUUGUUCCGAUGAUAUGAAUUAGGAAGAUACUAUAGAUGACACGAGGUGCACCAGGGAACUUUCCUGGGCACACCUUCUUUUUCAGAACUGAAAACAUUACAACAGAAUAAAGCUCAUUUUGGUAUAAAAAAGGAAAAACCUUUAGUGGGUCCAUAUAAUCUGUCUCCCAUUCAUUAUUUAUGGGGCAGCUCCAGACUUUCUACCCUAUGACAUCACAAGUUUAGGACUCACUUCUCUAGUUUCUGCCUUUAAUAGAGAGCAGCUCAUGUUCACAGAUAUUGUAUGAACUUUCCAAGCCCAUAGAAAUAACAUAUUGGAAUUCUUAAUUUAGGUGGUGUUCCCCUUUAAGUCAGUAUAUUAAACUUAAAUCUGUUAUUAUGCGAAAUAAAAGAAAAGGCAUAAUAUCUCCUUUAAAUGCAGGCGGAGUAGCAUAAAAUGGAAGUUUUUGAGUAACUGUACUUCCGAUUUAUUAGGUACACCUGAAUAAUCUAAUGCAAUCCAGGACAACUGAUCUGCCGUCAAGUCACAUGUGGUGUUUCUGAUAAAUCGGACCCCCUCUUGUCUAUAAAUUAGAAGGACAAAAAUCAUUUUAAACACCUUUUAAUACAAUUUAAUUGACUUUUACCCGACAUUAAACUAUGACCUCGCUAGUAAACACUGUAUAACUGAAUUUCUAACAAAACCUGAUAUCAUAAACUAUUUAAAGGUAGAAUUCAUAGCUGAGCUGCUGUAUUGAAACACAGUGGACUGUACAGGCUAAUAAAGUGGCCGUCGAUAUUUAUGGUGCCUUUAUAACGUCUGACCAAGACUUUCGCAUUAACUCUGGCCCACUUCUGUUUUUAAUGACAUCAGCUGAUCAGUGACAAUCGUCUAAUAGAAUAAAAUAAAUGUGUUGUAGCUUGUUGAGACGUCUCUGGUUAGAGCGUCUUUGUCUGAGCUCCUGUCCAGCAGCUUUUAAACACAGUAAGGUCAGCUUGAAAUCAGUUUCUUCCUCUGUAGCAACAUUUUGGAUAAUAAUGCAUCCUGAUGGUGCUGUCAAAUGUAACGCACCAGGAUUUUGUAGCUGCUGCUGAUGCUGUAUUUGGCAUCAUGAACAGCUCACUUUCUUGACUGAUCCCAGCACUCACCAGGAACUGUUGUUGUUUUUCUCCAGUCUGAAUCCUUGUAUGUUCAUUUAUUUUUUUUAGUCUUUUUUCCGAAUACACCUGAACGUCUCACUUUUCUCUCCUCUGAAUCACUCCACUGCCGUGACGACAAACUGGAGCAAACAAGUGAAUUCUAAUCCGACUGUUCAGACCGAGGUCACAUGGCCACAGUUGUCGUGUUUAGUUUCUGUUAAAGAUGAACAUAUCUAAGAGUCGUAUUCAGAUCAGGUUUCCUCCUGCACUGUGAAUGCAGCUCUGAACUCUGACGGGGCUGAGGGUUUUACUGUAGCAGGAACACUGUGAAAUGAAUGAAAGCCUUUGGAGUUAUGUGAGAGAGUGUGCCUUUUGGAGCGCAACAUGUAAACUGUUAUUUUUAUUUCUGUUUUUUUUGUUUUUUUUUAAUUCUUUGUCUUAAAUGUCCAAACCUGGCCGCCAUCGUCUGAUCCGAAAGAAGCUGGAAAUGUAGAAAAAUGUUUGCAUUAAUUUUCCUAAUGUAAACAGUUUGUUUGUUUGUUUUCCACCACUGUAGAGCGAGUAGUUGUAAAGAAUAGGACUCUGUGUAGUCUGAGCAACAGUACUGUCUGUUUUAAAGUCCAUUGAACUUUGUCAUGAUCGACCGAAUGUUGUUUAACCUCUAAAUCAGACUCAGUUAUAUGUAAGAUCUGAAUGAAGGAAUGUAGGUUUUUGCUACGAGAAAUCACAAUCAUUCAGAGAAAUAAACAAAUGCUGUUAGUCACAAAUAAUUAUUUUUUUUUCAUCAUGUAGGUUGUGAUAUAAUUCUUGUUUGUUUUUUGAAGUUUAAGUGCAUUUUUUCUUUAUUUGAUCAUUGUUUUUUUUUUUUCUAAUGAAUCUGUUUGUAUUACGACUGGUGAUGAACCUGGUAAUGUGUAUGGAGGCGGCUAUGAGAAACAUACAGCAUGUAUUUAUUGCACUUUGUGAUUUGGGUGUGCUUUUCCUGUUUUGUUUUUUUUUUUUCUUUUUAUCGCGAGAGUCCCGAAAAGCUGUGAAUUUUAUUCUCAGACACUGUACUAUCGACCAGAGUUGUAAAUAUUUCACCAGCACAAAAACAAAAAAACAAAAAAACAACCAAACAAUAUGUUUUGUAGUUUCACAACAAAUAAAAAAAGUUCUUCUCUUCUA